AUGGACAUCGACCUGCUGAACCCGGAUGCCAAGGAGGAGCGGUCCAAGCACAAGCUGAAGCGCAUGAUCCAAUCCCCGAACAGCUUCUUUAUGGACGUGAAGUGCCCAGGUUGCCUGCAGAUUACCACGGUCUUCAGCCACGCGCAGACCGUGGUGCUCUGCGGGAACUGCAACGUCAUGCUCUGCCAGCCCACCGGGGGCCUGGCACGACUCACAGCACCUCGGCUCACGAGGAAGGCUGCUCCUUCCGGCGGAAAGCGGAUUGAGAGAGACAGAACUUUGCGGCGCGAGGGCGCCGGGGGGCAGCCAGCCUUCAUCUUGGCGGCGGACCGGCACGCGAAGCGCGCGGCGGUGCUGGUGCCAGGCACCCAGACGCCUGCGGACUGCGUCACCGACCUCAAGGCCCUGCCGCUACACAUCGCCGAUCCCCAGGGGAGGGCCAUUGGCUGGGUUCACCGGGGCAUGAUGCGGCAGGCUUGUGCCAUCGUCCGAGUGGUGGGGAGCUGCCUGGAGCGUUUUGAGAAGGACGGCUAUGAGGUGCAGUUCAUCGGCCACUCCUUGGGUGCAGGGGUGUCGGCCAUUUGCGGCGCAGUGUGCCGACUCGGCCUGGAAGGCGUGAAGUUGAACAAGGUGCGCAGCCUGUGCUACGCCACGCCAGCAGUGGGCAACGGCUCCUUCGGGAAGUUCUGCGAGGGCCACGCCAUCACCGUGAUCAACUGUGAGGACGUGGUCCCGCGCCUCAGCAUCGAGACAGCCCGCAAGCUCCGGGAUGAGCUGGUGACCCGCCGGGAGGCGGUGCGUCUCUUCGUGUCCGAGGACGAAUGA